CUCUGGUGGCCAGUCAUUUUUUCUCACGUGACUGCUGGGGCCAAGCUCACGCUUGGCUGCCAGUGUCUGGGUGCUGUGUGGGCACCUCUCAGUGAGGGUGUAUUUCUCUUUGAGUCAGGGCCAAAAGCCAAGCUCCUUAAUCAGUGACUGUGAAGAGCUGCCACCAUGUUCAUCUCUCAGGGUUGUUGUGGUUCAGGUACCAUGUAUUUCAGGGACGGGUGAAGUGAGUUUUCUUCAACCCAGUUUUCUUGUUUUCUUUUGCCCUUGGGAGGGCCUCAACCUCGGAGUCAAAGAUCAAAAAACAAAGCAGCACAAACAUAUGUUCUAUCACUACAGUUUGCUGCAGCCAAAGCAUUGCUCAAUCCAAACGCCUGGGCUGUCUAAAUCAAAACCACUCAGCCAUCAUUCCCAUACUUGGCUGUUCUCAUAUGUGGUGGAGUUGAAGUUCAGGGGAAGUUUGCUGUCAAGAGAAUCCGGAGGUGUGUUUGUUCCUUCUCAAUAAGCUUUCGGCGCAUCAACGGUCAGACCUUCCGUGUUAAGAUGUACCUAGCAGGUCCACGAUCCGGUGACUCCCCAGAAGGCUUCCCUGAACAACUGAGGCUCCAGCCACAGACUGGAAAUCACACCGGAAAUGCUUUUUUCACAUGUCGAAAAAAUGCCCUUCUGGCGAAGAGCUCGUCCCCCCAGGUAGAGGGCGACUUUGCCAUGGCCCCUCGGGGCCCUGACCAGGAGGAGUGUGAGGGCCUGCUGCAGCAGUGGCGAGAAGAAGGGUUGAGCCAGGUGCUGUCAGCUGUGAGUGAGGAUCCUCUUGCAGAUAAGGCACUAGCCCAGAGCCGUCUGUCGUUCCUGAUGGAUAAUCCUGGAGAACAGGAUGCUACUUCAGAGGACAAGUGGUCCAGCAGGCAGCUGAGUGACCUUCGGACAGCAGAGACCCUGGAGGAGCCUUUGCCUCAGGUGCUAGGAGAGGCGCCACUGUCAGAGGUUGAGGCCCCUUUAUGGGCAACUGUGCCUGUGCAGACAGGUUCCCAGUAUGAAGACUGUGCUGUCUUCCCAGUGGGUGCCCUGGCCACAGAGCAGUGGGAAGAGGACCCUGCAGUGAUGGCCUGGAGCAUAGCAACAGAGCCGAUGCCCCAGCAAGAGACUCCCAUUUGGCCCUUUGAAAGCUUGGGGCAAUUGCAGCCUCCCCCAAUGGAAAUACCAUACCAUGAAAUCUUGUGGAGAGAAUGGGAGGAUUUCUCCACUCAGCCAGAUGCUCAGGGCCUGGAGGCAGGCGAUGGCCCUCAGUUCCAGUUCACUCUGAUGUCGUAUAAUAUCCUGGCCCAGGACCUGAUGCAGCAGAGCUCAGAGCUCUAUCUGCAUUGCCAUCCAGACAUCCUCAAUUGGAACUAUCGCUUUGCAAAUCUCAUGCAGGAAUUCCAGCAUUGGGACCCUGAUAUCCUGUGUCUCCAGGAAGUCCAGGAAGAUCAUUACUGGGAGCAGCUGGAGCCGGCUCUCCGAAUGAUGGGCUUUACGUGUUUUUACAAGAGGAGGACUGGGUGUAAAAUGGAUGGCUGUGCUGUUUGCUACAAGCCCACCAGAUUCCGUCUGCUCUGUGCCAGCCCCGUGGAGUACUUCCGGCCUGGCUUGGAGCUCCUCAAUCGGGACAAUGUGGGCUUAGUGUUGUUGCUGCAGCCACUAGUCCCAGAAGGCCUGGGACAAGUCUCGGUAGCCCCCUUGUGCGUGGCAAAUACCCAUGUCUUGUACAACCCACGACGGGGUGACGUCAAGCUGGCCCAGAUGGCCAUUCUCCUGGCUGAAGUGGACAAAGUGGCCAGGUUGUCAGAUGGCAGCCACUGUCCCAUCAUCUUGUGUGGGGACCUGAAUUCUGUCCCUAAUUCACCUCUCUACAACUUCAUCAGAGACGGAGAGCUCCACUACAAUGGGAUGCCGGCCUGGAAGGUAUCUGGACAGGAAGACUUCUCCCAUCAGCUUUACCAGAGGAAGUUGCAGGCCCCGCUGUGGCCCAGCUCCUUGGGUAUCAAUGAUUGUUGUCAGUAUGUCAACUCCUGCCACCCCAAGAGAUCAGAGAGACGUAAGUAUGGCCGAGACUUCUUGCUACGUUUCCGCUUCUGCAGCAUCGCAUGUCAGCGACCAGUAGGAUUGGUUCUCAUGGAAGGAGUGACAGACACUAAGCCAGAACGACCUGCUGGUUGGGCUGAGUCUGUCGUUGAGGAAGACACAUCUGAGUUUGAGCCUGUCUUCCCCAGGACUAUAGGCACCAUCCAGCACUGCCUCCACCUGACAUCAGUAUAUACCCAUUUCCUGCCCCAGCAUGGCCGCCCAGAGGUCACCACAAUGCCCUUAGGUCUAGGAAUGACAGUGGAUUACAUCUUUUUCUCAGAUGAGUCCUGUGAGAAUGGGAACAGAACUGAUGACAGGCUGGUUCGAGAUGGAACUCUCAAACUGCUGGGCCGUCUCUCUCUCCUCUCUGAAGAGAUUCUCUGGGCUGCCAAUGGCUUGCCUAACCCCUUCUGCUCUUCAGACCAUCUCUGCCUGCUAGCCAGCUUCAGCAUGGAAGUCACCGCCCCGUGACAGCCCAGGGGAGAGAGCUCCUCUUCUGGAAGAAUUCCUUGGAUCAGUGACUGUGGAAAUGCCCUGUGCUGUGGAAACUCAUGUCCCUCUUCUCAUUCCCUCCAGCCUGUCCACGUUCUCACUUCUGGUCCCUGCCCUGCCCCAGCCACUCCCUGAUCCUGUGCCAUGUACUCAGUGGCCCUGGGAGAGGCAAAAGCAAGGGUUCCCUCUUCCCUUCAUGUACUCAGUGCUCUUCUUUAACUUUUAAUUACCAGGGUUUGGGAGCUUUUGAUCUUAUUGGUUAUUUGCUUUCAGGCUGUUUCUUUGGGGGUACCUUCUGACCCAACUUUUCCCGUCUUCAUGACCUCUGGGCCCAGCCCUUUUGCUAGGCAUGCACAUGAGAUGUGCAUCCUCUUGGGCUGGGGCUGCCUGCCACUUUCCACACAGGCUGUGGGCCAGGGGAGGUUAAGAGCAUGGCUCUAUGGCCAUAUGUUGCCAGCCGGCAGCAGGGCAGGGGCCCUUCUUUUCCUUUACCUUUGUGUUCCACCAGUCAUUCAUCCUGCCAACCAGGGCAUACUUGUUAUCUGGGUUCUGGGAACUAAUGGGUCUCACAGCCUGGAGACUGGAUGUGGGGUGCACUACCUGCUCCGUGGGCUCUUGCCUCUAUCCUAGAGCUCCCCACAGUCCUGGCUUAUCCUUUUCCCCAGGUGUCCCUGAGGGAGGCAAAAGUUUGGAGCCUGUGUCAGAUCCAGUGGGCUAGGACUAUGGUGAAUGAAAGAAUCUUUAGGAAGCUUGUCUCACUGGACGCUGUGGCACUGAGUAAGGUUGAGUCCUGGUAGGGGAGAGCGGAUAGGCUCUGCAGCUGCCUCAGGUAGGACUCAGAAACUAAGAGGCUUGCUGUCUCUCCUGUGCACCCUAAGAAGCAGUUUUCUGUUCUUUCCUCUACCACUUCUUACUUUUUGCCACCUCCCUCCCUCCUCCCCAACCUCUUCCAUGUUCUGUAGAAAAUCUCGCUAUGUAGCUUAAGCCACACUGUCCCAUCAAAAUGGCGGUUUUGGGUAAAACUAGUACAAGAACUGUAGGUGGCAGUGCUUGAGGACUUACUCUAACCAGCAAGGUCUUGGUGGUUGUUGCCUCUGUUUCCCUCCCCUAGCACAGUACCCUGGCCCACUCAGACUCCCUAGCCCAUACCAUGUUGCCUGCAUGCCUUACUCUUUCAUUGCUGGGAGGUGGCCUGGGCUGUUCGUGGUCAGCACUUCCGUCGUCUCCCUUAACUCAGAGUAGCUGCUGGCCCUUGUCAGUUUGCCUUGCUGUUCCCCCAUUCAGCCCUCAGAGGAGACUGAACGGAAUGGCCAGGAGGCGGAAGUUAAGGACAGUGGGCUAGAGUUUAAUAGUCUUUCCUUUUUUUUCAAAGCCAAAGACCCAACUUGAAUUGUGCAUUCCUGGUUGUCAGCUUUCCAUGCCUAGGUUUUGGGGGAUUUCUUUUUUCUAUGUGUGUAUAUUUUGUAGCUUUGUUUCCUGGGUCCUGGCAUGUGCCUGUCUGAGCCCCAGGCCUGUCAGACCAUACCCCACUGUUCACUUUGCCUCUCCCUCUCUGUCCUUGGGCACCUCCUGAGAUGGCCUCAAGACAGUGUUCUGUUGGUCCCUAAGGCGAGGGCACACCACUGGUCUCUUCUGUCACAAAUGCAGGGUGAAAAACAGCCAAAGAUGGCAGGGGCCAGACCUUGAUUUUUCCUUGUUUUAUUUGUUUCUGUUUUAGAAAUGAAAUAGGAGUUUUAAAUGGUCAUUUAAGCUGCACUCUGCAGUCUGUAGAACUGGGGCAACUUUUUCCAAAUAAAGGUUUACCUUUUCUCCUCAUUGUUGGUCUUUUCAUUAGGAUCUUGAAGAGGCUGGGAUUUUGAGAAGGGCCUUCAAGAUGAGAUGGGAAGAGAGGCAGAACUGAGGAGCUCUGGACUUUGGGGUGGGUCUCAAGAUCUAAAUCUACUAUAAUCUGCUGCUGUUAACCUCCCACACUCUAGGCCUGGGAGGAACAGGACUCGAGUGAAUCCUCUUGCCAUGACUUUUCUGGGGUACCACUUCUUUCUCUGACCCCACCACGUGAGAGGAGAAUGGCUGUAACCUGCUUGCAUUUGUUCUUUUUUCCAUAUGCUGCCCCCAGGCCUCCCUGUGACCCUUACCACAUCUUACGAGAGUCUAUUUGGAAAGUGGGAUAAGAUGUGUGUUUUCCUGGUCAAAGCUAUGGCAGCUGCAUGAGGCAAGAUGCAUGUGGCAGAUGCCUCUUGCUGAGUGUGUAUUUCUGAUGAUCUCUAUGGGCCAUCUGUCCCUGGAAGCAUUUCUCCUCUUUGCCAGGCCCACUGCUGCUGGUACUUUUGUCUUUCUCCAGCCUCCCUGUGCAAUAAACUCAAGCAAGGUGAAA